AUGAGACCCGAGGCGGCAGCCGGAGCCCCGGAGGCUCGGGGACGCCUCUGCCACUGUCCCGGGGAUGAUCCCGGGAGGCCACCGCUGCCGCGUGGACCCGAAAGUUCCGUUCCAGCUCUGUGGAGACCGUGGAUGCCGCUUCCUGCAGAUGCCGAGCUGACCAGAACUGGAAGUCCGUGUGAGCCUUGUGGGACCCAACAGACUCUAGGAUCAAAGGGGGCCUUUGGGUUCCAGCACCCUGUCAGACUUUACUUACCCCUUUCAAAGCGUCAAGAAUACCUGCAGAGUUCUGGGGAGAAAGUGCUGGCCAGCUUCCCAGUGCAAGCCACCAUUCAUUUCUACAACGAUGAAUCUGAGUCAGACUCUGAGGAGGAAGAAGAGGAGGCCCAGCCCAGCCAUCUUCAGAGCCGGGAGGCAGAAGGACAGGGCCGUGGUCCCGGGGGAAAGGGCAGAGCAGGGCUGACAAGCCUGUCGGAGGAAGGGUAGCUCCGGGGUACGGGUCAGCUGUGUGCAGGGGGCAGUGAGCACUCCAGCGAAUGAAGUGAGUCUCUCCCAUGCUGGUCCCUGUCCUGGGGACAGCCUUGCCAGGGACAGCUUCAGAGGCUGGGACUCCGCUCAGCACCUGCAAAGGCCAGGGACUUCACUUUUACUUUUUAUUUUCCUGGUCAUGUGUGUCUGGGUGUGUGUGCACGUGCAUGUGCGUGUCUGUGUAUGUGCGUGUGUGUGUGUGUGUGUGUGUGUGUGUGUGUGUGUGUGUGUGUGUCUGUCCGUCUGUCUGUGUGUGAUCCAUACCUUUGGGGAAGGUUGCCUGACAGAGA